AUGGUUGCCGUCCAACCACUACCCACUCAAGUUCCUCUUGACACUCUCGACCCCAAACGCCUCGCCGAUGUACAAUACCUCAGCGGCUACUGCCCCUUCACCCUCAAUUCCAAGCCCUGCCCUCACGGCUCCAAAUGCACACUCAAACGCCUCUGCUAUGUUCUUUGCGACUUCCGCUCCAAUCAAAGACACUGUGAUGGCUUUCACGAUAUUGCUCCCAUCUGUGAGCAGUUUUUGACCGAUAAGGGAUGCAAGUAUCGCAAUGAGGGCGAUCAUCCAUGGUUUCCCAGAAGCCAUGACAUUGAGUUGAGACGUUGCAUGGAUGUUAUGAUUGAGCCUCAUCGUCUUGGUCUUUACGGCGUGAAGCAUUGA